GUCCGGAAAAGGAAAGCACAUUGACGUCGAUCUUGUUCAAAAUAGAAAUCCGCGUCUGCGAUGUUUUUGUCAAGUGGGAUUCUUUCCGCUUAUUUCCGUAUACAGUGCGAUGCAGGACGGAGGUACCACAUUCACGAAGUCAAACUCAAAGUCAGUCAAAGACAAAGACGUUUCGUCAGCUUCAAUUUGAAGUCUUAACUUAGUUAACCACACAAGUGAAACUUGAACUUGAAGAACAGGGCUGAGCUCAGUCAAACAAAUAAUGGCAGAUCUUUCCUGUACACCAUGUGCUAAGCGUCGUCGAGAUAUGUACAAGAAGACAACUCCAUCAUGGAAAGAUGCUUACAGAAAGAGGUGCUUUGACAGGCUACGUGGGAGCCGGGAGACGCUCCUUCAGAGGUUCCGAGGAACUUCACCAUGUUCUUCACCGUCUUCCUUGAGCCCAUGCUCCAGGAUCAGUAGCAGCCCGGGAAGUCCCAGUCUCAUGGUUGCAAGGGUCAUGGAGGAGGAAUGGCGGCAACUGAGAAUGGACGAUCCUUCUUUUGGGCUCAUAGAGGAAGAACUAGACUUGAGAGAGGAGCUUGAGGAAGAACUCAUAAAAGAAGAGAUGAGCAUGAUAGCCGAGUAUGAAGCAAGUCUGAGACUGGAGGAAGAGCAGUUACAAGCUACUGUAAAUCAUUUUACCGAAGGAUCUGUUGUCUGCCCCCUCUGCCAAAGAAACUGGUUGUUGAUGAACCAAGGCAUCGUAUUUUGUUCCUGUGGGUUAAGAAUUGACACGGCUCAAGACAGUCUCAAUCUAGAGAACGUAGGUCAGAGUCUGGAGCAAGGGGUCAGUCAACACAGCGCCCUCUGUCCAGUAACACCGGUCUUUGCUCUGAUGGACCUUGAAGGAUUACACAACCUUGUAAUGUCUUGUGAGACCUGCGGAUUUCUUCACAUUGUUAUUUAGCUUCUUGAUGGGAAUGGAGAAGUGACCUGCAGCUGAGGAUGCAAUUCACCGAGAAUCAGAAGGGCUGUUGACUGUUGCUAUUAAGCUAACAUUAUUCAUAUACAAUUUGCAAUAUUUGAGGGAUGCAUUAUGAGAUAAGUGAGAAAUUAUCAGCUGUCUUUACAGUGACGCGGCAUAUGAUCCUGCAAAAUUUGCUCCGGUCUUAAUAUCCGAGAGGGCAAAGGGUUGGAGUUAGGAUUG